CCACAUGCAUGACAUAUCCACCCCAUUUUUGUGCUUCUUUAUAAACUGAAACAGGAAUUUUUCCCAAAGCCAUGGCAGACAGUGUGACUACGAAAGAAGCCCUCAAGAAACUCAAUGCUCAACUCGAAUGCUCCCUUUGUCUCGACAUUUUCAAGCAGCCGAAACUCUUGCCUUGUUUUCACGUGUUUUGCAAAUCCCCGUGUCUAGAGAAACUAGUGACCAAGGAUGGAUGCUCCCUCACUUGUCCCACCUGUCGACACGUUGUCCCACUGUCAGAGAGGGGAGUGGCUGGACUGCAAUCAGACUUCCACAUCGACCACUUGUUUGAAAUACAAGAUGCUUUCAACAAGGCCGAAGACGACAAUGAUACGAGCUGUGGCAGCUGUGACGAUGGCAAAGCGACUGGGUACUGUAACGACUGUGGCGACUUUUUGUGUGACAUAUGUCAAACUGCUCACAAAAGAGUUAAGCUGUCAAGGAAUCAUGAACUAAUAUCGCUCGAUAAACUCAAAGCUCAAGUGACUGGCAUUGUUCCCCCCAAGAAGGCCGUCCCCCAUUGCUCCAAACACUCAGAUAAUUCCCUCAAGAUAUACUGCGAUACCUGCUCCACUCUCAUUUGCACGGACUGCACCAUUCGUCUUCACAAAGACCACAACUACGACCUGGUGCCUGAUGUGCUGACCAAGCACAAGGAAGAACUUGUUUCCAGUCUCAAGCCAGUCAAAGAGAAGCUGGACAGUGUACAACGAGCUCUUAAGGACCUUGACGCGAGAGCCAAGGCAAUCCACGAUCAGAAGGCUGCGAUUGAAACCAACAUCCACAAGGAGAUUGACGAACAUCAUCGACUGUUGGACCAACGAAGGACAGAGCUUAUGGGAGAGCUAGAGAUGCUGACUCAGCAGAAGCUGAAGGAUCUGGCGGCACAAAGGGACAAAGUGGAGAUCACUCAGGUGAAACUGGCCAGCUGUCUGCAGUACGCUGAGGGGGGUCUCAAAACAGGCACAGACGGUGAAGUACUCGAAAUGAAAUCUUCAGUUCUCAAGAGAGUCAAACAAAUUUCUUCCGAAUUCGACCCAAGCGCUAUUCAACCAGAGACAAAGGCUGACAUGGAACUGAUCACCAUAGGAAAAGAACCUCUCCAACAAGCUUGUCGAGAUUUCCUAGAGAUUGAACAGUGUGAGUCAGUCAGCUUAGAGAACAGCCACACGACAGGAGAUGGUUUAAAAGGUGCAACUACUAAAGAAACUAAAGCUGUAUCCUUUCAAACAAUGACUAGAAAUAACAGAAAGUUCAACGGCAAACUCGACCUCCAAGCUGAGCUCGUGCAUAUCGUGAGCCAAGACAGAUUUAAAUGUGAAAUGAUUGUACAACAACAUGGUAAACACAAGAUCAACUAUCGCCCUGUGAAACGAGGAAAGCAUGAACUACACAUCACUGUCAAUGGGGACGCAGUACAAGGCAGUCCAUUCCCAAUAGCUGUAGUCUCAUCACCACAGAGCUUCGGCAAGCCUUCCCAAGUUGUACGAGGUGUGAAUAAACCACGAGGCACUGUCUUCAAUAGUAAGGGACAGUUGAUCAUUGUUGAAGAUGAUGGAGUUACUGUCUCUAUAUUGACACCAGAAGGUGAGAAGAUACGAACGUUUGGACGGCUGAAAAAUGCAUAUGGAGUGGCUGUGGACAAUGAUGACAACAUGUAUGUAGUGGAACGUGACAAUCAUCGUUUGAAUAAAUUCUCAUCCGACGGAGAGUUUGUGGCAGCUGUUGGUAGGCAAGGCAGUGGUAACCUUCAGUUUUGUUUCCCACGUGGUAUAUGUUAUAACAAAAGAGACAACAACCUGUAUGUGCCUGAUCAGAGUAACCAUAGAAUACAAGUGCUUUCCACUGAACUGACGUUUGUACGAUGUUUCGGUAAACAUGGCAAUCGGAAUGGACAAUUUACUUACCCAAUUUAUGCAACAUUUGAUAGCGCCAACAACCUCUAUGUGACUGAUAACGGUAAACAUCGAGUGCAAGUCUUCACUGCUGAAGGUCAAUUCCUGAGAACCUUCUCACAAAAAGCCAACGGUCAAAAGCUGAGCUUUCCCUAUGCCAUAGCCAUCGACAGCAGUGACACAGUGUACGUCAGUGAGAAGGGACCAUAUCAUGUGAGUGUGUUCACAUCUCAGGGAGCCUACAUCACCACGUUUGGUGGGCGAGGAACAGAAGAGGGACAGUUUAAUGGAAUUUUCGGACUCUCUAUUGAUAUCAAUGACUCUGUUGUUGUGUCUGAUAAACAUAACAGUCGACUGCAGAUAUUCUAAUGAGAUAUAUAGUGCAAGCCUAAAAGUUAAUUGUGUGUUUGUACAACUAGCUUUAUUAUGUAGCGGCUAGGUUAAUUAGGUAUGUAUAUUUGUGGUCUAAAUAGAUUUAGUAAUGUGAAAUCCAAUCUUGAACCUUUUUGUCAACUACUGUCUGUUCAGUACACAAAAUGUUUGCUUUUUCUCCAUUCAAACUCUGACCUUCCAGUCAGAAUAUCAUGUUAUUAUGUUA